AAAUCAAAGAAGCUUGUUUUAAAAAAAAUCCAUUAGCUGCCAGCCUAAUUUGUCUCUGUGUGCGCAACCCACACGUGAGAGCACGCAUCUAUUCAACAACUUCUCUGUGUGUUUCGUGUAAUAUAUAUACAUACAACAAAGGGACUUGGGUGAUCUCAUUUCAGUGUAGCUUUAAAGCUUUCGAAGAUAUAUAACCCAAUUGAAGAAGAAACCAAAGUGUUCCCCCGAAUCUCAGCUUCUGUGCGAGAGAAGAUGACAGGAGGAGCCAUGUCUCUUUUAUCCAAGUUACGGUGUAUCACAGUAGAUGUUACUGGUACACUCAUAGCUUACAAAGGAGAGCUUGGUGAUUACUAUUGUAUGGCUGCUAAAGCCAUUGGCUUGCCCUGUCCUGAUUACAAACGUGUCCAUGAAGGUUUCAAGCUAGCUUACACUGACAUGGCUCAAAAGUACCCUUGUUUCGGUUUCUCCGCCAAAAUACCAAACCUUGUCUGGUGGAAAACCGUUGUCAGAGACUCAUUUGUCAAGGCAGGAUAUGAGUAUGAUGAGGAGACAUUUGAGAAAGUGUUCAAACGAAUCUAUUCAACGUUUGGUUCUGCUGCACCUUACUCUGUCUUUCAAGAUUCUCGCCCCUUCUUGAGAUGGGCACGCCAGAAAGGUCUUAUAGUUGGACUUGUUAGCAACGCCGAGUAUCGAUAUCAAGAAGUUAUUUUACCUGCCUUGGGUUUGAACAAGGGAGAGUGGGAUUUUGGGGUGUUCUCUGGUAUUGAAGGGGUGGAGAAACCAGAUCCGAGGAUUUACAAGUUGGCUCUAGAGAGAGCUGGGAACAUUGCGCCUGAAGAGGUUUUGCAUAUCGGAGAUAGUAUGCGUAAAGAUUAUGUUCCGGCAAAGAGUAUUGGGAUGCAUGCUUUGUUGCUUGAUAGGUUUAAGACAGAAGCUGCUAAAGACUGGAGGGAAGCUGGAGCUAUUGUGCUUCCUGAUUUGGUUGCUGUUCAACAGCUUUUGGAGUCUGAUAAGUUGAAAUGUUAAAAAAAAAUAGAGUUUAUCUUAAUUCUUCAGGUUCUCAAAGGUCAAGAUCUAUUCAAACAGAAAAUACAAUUCCAACUUGGUGAAUCACUUAACAAGUGCAGUUUUUAAUAAUCUACAUAAGCAAGAAAGCAUGCCUCUCCUUACUUUAUUUUGAGAUUAUUACACAACAUAACAUAUGUUUACAUUUAUGACUUAAACAGGUGCUUCAGCCCUGGGAGGGAUCUUCCUUAUGACAGAGAUGGAAUCUCCAACUUUGAUUGUCUUGUUACCUUUGCCUUGGUUGUUGUUGGUAAUGUGCCAAUUCCAAACCAUAUCCUUACCAAAGAAAACCUGUCAUAAACCGAAAUCGAAAUCGAUUUAGCAUCAAUGUACAAACAAGAUAACUUGAGAUCUUUUAUAGGUCUUUCAAUA